AUGCUUGUGGAUGGGCUUUGGAUGCUGGGGACAGAAUCAAGCAUGUAUGUGGAAUACGUCAAAUCGAGCUUGCUCGUUGCUUACGUCCAGGAGUAUAAGGAAACGCUUGAGCACUUGGACCAGCAGACCCUGGUAGAGCUGCUUUCGAAAGCAAGCGACCCAUUAUUCGACGCAUCACGCAAGCUUGAAGAGCAGGUAAAGCUCCUUGGUAAGUAG